AUGGAGAACAUGCGUAUACGCAACAUCAAGCUUAAUGUGUUAAGAGACGAACCUCAUGAGGAUCCAAUUCUGCACCACCUGUAUGGUCCAAUGGAGCAGCAGGGGACAGGGUCUUGGAUAUUAUCCAGGAAAACACAGUUUUUACUUCUGUUGAGUUUUUCGUUAGGAUGUCUGUAUAUCAACCUGCAAGUCAACUUUCCCCAAAUACCACAGUGUCCUUGUGGGGACUGCCACACCAAUGACUCCUGGUUCUCCGCCCGUUUUAAUGCUUCAUAUCACCCUCUGAUGACAAGAAACAUCAGUAACGUGAGCCCGGACACUUUUCAGUGGUGGAAGCGUAUGCAGAGAACGCGUUCAGGAUGGGAUGAGUACAAACGAGCUGUGGACGAGAUUUUCCAAAUCAUCCCGGACAAGGAGAUGUACAUGGACGCUGGUCCUGAACGCUGUAGGGUGUGCUCUGUAGUCGGCAACUCUGGAAACCUCAAGAACUCCCAUUAUGGCCCUAUGAUUGAUAACGGUGAUUUUGUCUUCAGGAUAAACCGAGGUCCCACUGAAGGCUAUGAGCAGAAUGUUGGGACAAAAACUACUCACCGCAUUAUUUACCCUGAAAGUGCUGUUGACGUGGACAACUCCACUCACCUGGUCUUUUUUGCCUUCAAGAUGCUGGAUCUGAAAUGGUUGGUUAGUGUGUUCACCACACACACUAUCACUCGAGCACACAUCCCAGUGAAAUCAUCAAUCAGAGCAAAUAUAAGUUUGGUAAUGCUGGUCAGCCCCAGUUUUAUGAAGUAUGUACAUCACAAGUGGCUGCAGAAACAUGGCCAAUAUCCAUCCACUGGAUUCAUGACUCUUAUAAUGGCUCUUCAUAUCUGUGACAAGGUCCGAGUGUUCGGGUUCGGCGCUGACAAGGACGGCAACUGGAAUCACUAUUUUGAGACCAUCAAACCAAACUACAGAACAGGCAUACACAGGGGGCACUUUGAAUAUGCCACCAUCAAAGAACUUCAGAAAAGGAGUAAAAUUGAACUCUAUGGAUGACCUAAGGACAAGUCUAAUCUGGGUCCACAAUAGGCCUUGGCAUUAUGUGUUUAGCUGUGGCACCUUCUAAAUUUUGGACCAAUCUCUAACAAAAUACAAAAAACAACCACCCAUCCAUGUAACAAACAAACCAAACGAACAUUAAAUAA